AUGGCCUUACCAUCAUACCCAGGAAUCUUACACAAUUAUGCACCCCGCUUGGUAGCUUUUGAGUUCAGGUCAUCAGGCACUCUCAAGCCGCACAGUCUCCUCUUCAUUGGCGGCCUCACAGACGGCUUGUACACGGUCCCCUACGUCCAGGGACUUGCAAACGCUCUAGAACCAACUGAAUGGUCCCUCUUCCAUCUCCAUCUAUCGUCUUCCUACGGUGGCUGGGGGAUAGGUAGUCUUGACCGAGACGUUGAAGAGAUCGGCCAGUGCAUCGAAUAUGUCCGUAACCUGAAGCAGAGAACUACAAGCGGAGCCAAGGUAGUCAUCAUGGGCCAUUCGACAGGAAGCCAGGAUGUGCUACACUACCUGUACUCGGCGAAUCCGACCCCGCGCAAUCCUGAUGUGGACGGCGUACAUAGCCUCACGCGUCCAGCCGUGGAUGGGGCGAUCGUGCAAGCACCAGUAUCGGAUCGAGAGGCGCUGCUGCAAUGCGCGAAGGAGAGCCCAGAGGCCCGCGAGGCAUAUGAGAAACUUGUCACAUUUGCACGGGAGCAACCCGCUCGUGCAAUCUGUCCUAUAGAGCUUUCAGGUUUGGUAGGGUUGGAUCCUGUCACUCCGGUUAGUGCAAGACGAUUCUGGAGUCUUGCAAGCCCCGAGAGUCCUGAGAAGCCGUCAGAAGAUGACUUGUUUAGCUCUGAUUUGACGGAUGAAAGGCUUGGUGAGACGUUUGGCCGGAUAGCCGAGCGCGGCUUGCUGCGGACCACUCUAGUGGCGCUAUAUUCUGGCAGUGAUGAGUAUUGCCCCAAUUGGGUAGAUAAGGAAGCUCUAUUGGAACGAUGGAAGCGUGCAACAAAUGCGAGAGGGGAAAAGAAGUGGGACGACGAAAUCAGUGGUAUCAUUCCGGGGGCGAGUCACAAUGUCCGAGACGAAGGUCAGGCGUGGAUGAUUGAACGCAUCCUCAGCUAUCUCAAUCGGGUUUGAGGACCGAAUUAGAGCGCGUGUAAGGUAAAACAAGAACAGAUUAUCAAACGGAUAUAGAGAGCAUUAAUAUACAGACAUAGGAAAGAUAAG